AUGCAAAAAGAAACUCAGCAGCACGAUUCGAAAAAUUUUCAUCGUGAAUUAUUUUGCGUUUUAUUUCCUGGUAAUGUUAAAAAUGAAGACAAAGCUAUACAAUGUAUGGGAGGAAUCAAGGGAGUUUCACAGGUGUAUUCACAAGUUAAUAAAAAGAGAUUAGGAAUGUCUUUUCAGCCUGAUAAUCCUUUUAUUAAAAAGAUAUAUGCAGACGUCAAGCCUACUUCUGGAGUGUUACUUAAGUUAAAAGUAAAGAAAACAAAAUCUGGAAAUGAAGUGAAAAGAGAAGUUAUAUCCUCAUCAGUUAUUGGAUCUGUGAUGCAAAUUCAUAAAUUCGAAUCCAUGUGUGAUUUUCAAUAUAUGCCGGUAAAUACUUCUCAAACCAGUAAGCCACAGUGUAUAUUAGAACAAAUUCUACCAACAGGUGUAGAUCACUUUAGUUCAUUAUUGGAACCAACAUCAUCUUAUAUUACACCGUUUGUCUUUACAAGAUCAGAUAAACCUACCAGUUACUCUUAUUCAGAUAAAAGAUAUGGUAAUAAAGACAUGGAUAAAGAGGAUAGUGGAAACAUUAAAAAUGAUGAGGUUCAUAAAAGUAGAAGUGACAGAGGGUUGCCCAUAUCUCGAUAUGUGUUUAAUCUGUCAGAUGAUCUGCCUACAGAACCUAAUGAAUACUACUUAAAACAAAAAACAGCGAGACAUUCAAUAUACCCAAAAUUAGAAGAAGAAUAUGAAGUUGUAAAAAAGCUAUUCGAAGAAAGACCUAUUUGGUCAUUAAAUCUUGUUAAAUUUCGAACUAAGAUUAAGAUGGCAUCCCUGAAAAUAAUCUUACCCUGUUUAGCUUUGUACAUGAGAGAGGGACCUUGGCGAAUGAUGUGGGUGAAAUUUGGCUUCGAUCCUCGGAAAGAACCCAGUGCAAGAAUGUACCAAACUUUAGACUUUAGGAUGAGACACUCAGCUGGUGUGCAUGCGAUGGUAAUGACUCGCGACCAAAUCAUCCACUGCAAGAAAACAGAUCGUGUACGAAAUUUCAAAAAGACCACAGCAGAUGAACUGUCUCAAGAUGACAUUGUUUAUGAAGGAGCAGUUUAUUUCAAACCUGGAAUGGUCCCAACUCAACGACAGGUCUAUUAUCAGUAUUGUGACGUACAAUUGCCAGAGGUGCAAGAGCUAUUAUCGCUGGAGCCUCCGGCGGGGUACAAGUGCCACGAGAAGCGCGGUUGGCUCCCACCGGACACCGAUCAGUUGUGUCGCGACCAUAUAUUCCGAUACGUCAAACAGACGCUCCUUGCCACGCAUAAAGCUGACCUAAAAUUUGAUGAUGGUAGCAGUGGAGAUGAAUGUAGUUCAGACGAAGGUGGCGAUAAUGGCGAUAAAGUAUCGAAAAUGAGUUCCAGCGAGUUCAGGAUCGAGAGAAAUUUGGAGUUAUCGGACGAAACAAAGGCGAUAGCUGAGAAGGAGUUGAGAGAGACACCAGAAAGAGUUCGCGAGGCUCUAGAAAGGCUCAGGGAGCUUCUUAAAGAAAACAAAGAUCUAUAUUUCGGUGAUGACGAUGAAUUACUCACAAUAUUUUUGCGCCCCUGCAAAUGGUAUCCAGAGAGCGCUAUAGCACUAAUGCGUCGUGUAGCAGAGUUCAAGCGCGACAAUGCAAGCCUUUUGGACGGGCUCCUACCGGAUCAUGAAAAGGAAGCUUUUCUCGAGCACAAAGUCGUGAAUGUCAUGAAAGGGCGUGACGAUAAGGGAAGACGAGUACUUAUCGUAAAUGUUGGAGGUUCGUGGGACCCAAAAAAAGUGACAGCAGAUCAGUUGUUCAGGCUGUUCUACUUAAUUCAUGAGGCAGCCAUGCUAGAGCCUGAGUCACAAGUGCGCGGUACUGUCGUCAUCAUGGACUUCAAUAACAUGGGCUGGACCCAGACGAUGGGACUCACGCCAGCAUUCUCUAAACGCUUGCUCACUUUUAUCCAAGAUGCUAUGCCUCUUAGAUUGAAGGAAGUACACUUUGUGAAGGAGCCUAUGAUCUUUAAUGUCGUAUGGAAAAUGUUCAAACCUUUCAUCAGGGAAAAACUAAAGGCCAGAAUAUUCUUCCAUGGUUCAAAGAUGACGUCUCUCCACAAGCACAUAGCUCCCUCUCACCUGCCGUCCGACUACAGCGGCGAGCUCAAUGCAAUCGACUACUCCGGCGCAGACUGGUACCCCGUCAUCAACGACGUCCUUCCCCAUAUACAUAACUGGAACUCCUACGGGUUUGUUAAGAAGACG